AUGAUAAGCCCUACCGGUUUACAACGACCCCUCUAUUACAAGGAGGACAUGACAUCUACGAAUCAAGCCCUUUUUAAAGAUACUGUCGGCCAAACUUUCCAGUCUCCUCUACAGUGUCACAGCAGUCUCCAGCAGGUCACAGCGAGACCAGGCUACUGGCGCUACGAUCCAACAACCAUCUGUUCUAGUCCCAUGACAUGUCUCAGUGGCGAGCAGACUGACACGUACUGGUCCAGGGACGAAUUUCGCCUCUACGGACUGUCGGACAGCAGCUGUGAGACUCCCUUCUGGUCGUCACCGCCACCGCUCCAUCACCACCUACAGACAACAAUGAGGUCGCCGCCAGAGGGAUUCUGUUGUGUACCCGGCUCAGAGGGUCGACCUGAGAACCCCUCUCCCUCGAUAAUCGCCUACCCAGCGACCAGCGGCGCGUUCUGUGUUGCCUCCUGCGCCGCCACCAGCAGGGAUCAAGUGACUUGCUAUGAGGGGGACUUGACCUACAGCCUCGGCUGCAAUGCUGCCGGAGGAUGGGUGGAGUCACCGACGGAGGUGCCGCUGAUGCGGGGAGGUUCGCAACCCACGCCAAAGGUGAGCCCGCAUGGAGGAGCCCCAACCGCGGGAUUCGUCACCGAUGGAGGGCCGGAAGAAGUAUACCAAGACGAUGAGGGUGACGAGGGUAGGGAGGGGAAAUGCGAGGAAGAAGCAGGGGAGCGGACCAAGAUGGAGAGGGAGGGACACAGCCGAAGGCGACGAAGACUCACUUCUAAGCUGGUACGACUGAGUUGGAAGGCCCGAUUCUGUUCCGGUCGUGAUGCUUUGAUGCGUCAUUGUCGAUCAUAUCAGCGUAGACACAACGCCAAUCAUCGUCAUCACGCGAAUCAGCGACAGGCAGCGAAUAUGCGCGAACGAAGACGGAUGCAGUCAAUCAAUCAUGCGUUCGAAGGUAGGCGAAUUUUCAAGACAUAAAUAUUCCCCAGUUGGGAGAAGUAUCUUCACGGAUGCAUUCUGUUUUUUUUUUGGUUGGACGCCACAGAUCAUGCCACCACUCCUUAAGCGGUGUUGUUACUGAAGGGGAAAGUUUAGAUCAAUACAACUUCAGCUUGAAAGAGCGAAAACCGGAAUAAUAGAUGACAGCGAAGAAGAGGAUGUUAAAAUAGGCCGGUAGACCCGGUUCCUAGUCACACUUCAGUAGGUGAUCACGACUACAAUUCAAUUUAGUCAAAAAUAUUGAUAAAUAAAUAAAAUAAACGAAUGCUGAACAUUUAAAAUAUUGAUAUGAAUAUUGAUAAUAAAUAAAGAACAUUCAUACAUAAAAAUCUCGAUCUGAGCCCGUAUAAACUGAUUUACUUCAAGUCCAUAGUUAAUUUCUGAAGAAAUCAAAAAGCGACAAUGAAGAGACCAAUCAGGGCCCCCGGUAAAACCUAAUGAAAAUUGAAGAUGGGCUAGAAGGGAGUGAAGUUCACCUAUCUGUCCAGAUCGCAGAGCAGAACACAGUCGUCCAUGAGCAAAACGACCUGUGCAUAUCCCUUAGUGCAAGCGGAACAGAUCAGUUGACGCCGCUUUUGCGGACGUGUUCCUGAUCUCAGCCGUUGGAGUGCGAGUCAGUGGCUUAAAUGACAAAGCUAAAUGUUAGUAAUUAACGGAGUGGGGUCCCAACUUCUUGGUUGUCAAACCAGAAAUGACCACUCUACCCUACGUUGUCAUUGUCGGAAAUAAUUGUGGCAGAGGGGUGCUUACCGACUGUUUUUACGGAACUCGCUCGUCGCGUUGUGCCUUACGGGCCCUCUCUAGAGCCCAACCGGCAGACACACAGCAGCGAGAGAGAGCCCGUGAGGCGCAACAGGACGAGAGAGUUCCGUAAAAACUAUCAGUGAGCGCCCCUCUACCAUUCCCGACCGAAGCCGACAGGACAACGAGCCCGUGGUCCAGUGGUUAGGGGCAUUGGACUUCUGACUAACAGGUCGCGGGAUCGAGCCCCAGGCGUUCCACAUUUUGGGUUUGGAUAUGACUGGCUGACGACGGCUAACAAGCCAGAAAUGGCCAUUCCAGUCUCCUUUGUCUUUUUCGGCAAUAAAUUUCUGGAAAUGCUUGUGUGGUGUUGUGAUUAACUAUUUGUACAGCUAGUCAGGAUGGAAGAAGGUAGUUAAUAAAGGCAACUUAAGGGUUAAGAAGUUGUUAGGCUUUACGCUAACUCCUCAGCCAGUGACCUUCCCAAAAAUGAUCUUUUAAUUGGAUAAUGUGCCAUAUUUAAGAACAAGACACUCCGCUAGAAAGUCUUUUCUCCGCUUUUUGGAACAAUUUUUCAUAAGCAAGGGACUCUUCAACUAGAUGCCGUAGAAUCACCAAAGAUAUUUCAAUACUAGUGGUCUCAACCCGUUAUGUCUGACAGUCGUAAGGCGUUCCACUUCUGAUGCCUGUUUAGUCAUUGUCCCCGACAGCCAGCGCGUGGGGACGUCAGUAUUCCCUCAGCCUGGAGUCUAUUUUGUACAUUCUUUUUUCAAAAGACCAGCUUGACAUUUUGAAUGUCUGAACCCAUUCGUGCUCUACCCACCUGUCCGUCAAAUGCAAAUAUGAGUCUUUUGAUCUAAUGAUGUUCGAAUAGGUGGGCGUUGAAUAUACGGCUUGCGGCAUCCACAAUGAACGGUUUAGAUGAAGAAAGCAGUGGGAGCCAUCCUUCUGGACCAUCGGACGCUCGCUAGGUCCUCUGCGAAAUAGGCAGCGAUUAGUUCCUUCGUAGUAAACGCCAACACAGGACCUCCCCUCUCGCUACAGGUGGCACCGCGCUAGAUUCCAGGAGGGCUGAGUCAACCUUGACCCUAGUCGCCAUGGUAUUUCACGCAAGGCUACCUGUAUUAGGGGAAGGGCGUUGUUCAUAUUUGCGCAUCCUCCUCGCCGACUUUUAAUUUUGCAAUGUGUCCUACGUAUUCACCGUUCCAAGUAACUGGUCUUUGAGUGGUUUUCGUCCCUGGAACCUAUCACAGAAUCUGGCGAAGGUGACUGCAGGCGAGCGCUCGAGAACCUGCAAUUCGCAUUUUAACGCUGUAGGUUGCUCCCAUCCUCCCACUUUUUCUUUCUAACAGCUACAUCCUCUUCUGCCGCGCGCACUGAUUCGCUAAUUCUGUUGGAAACCGCCGACCACUUCCGGCACAUGGUACAGUUGGUGAGCUAACUCAUGAACUGUCAGCCGAAAUUCCGAAAUGCGUUGUUGUUUCGAAAAUAUUAAUUAUGUAGGGUUGUAAAAUUAAUCAGUCUGCAGUAUAAUUCUAUAAUAAUUCAGUUACCUCAGGAUGCCGGCUCUCGAACGAACUUCCUUCCGGCCGCAUACAAUAACUAUACUCUGUAAAACAUUACUACUUAAGUAGCAUGCAUUUUUCUCAAUGACUUUCGAUGCCCCUAAAAGCUCAAUUAUACUUCAUGGAAAAAUGAAUAAAAGUAUUCAUUCUUUCUCUUAUUCUGCAGAAAAUUACGUCUUUUUUUAAUUUUAUAAUCGAAAGAGAGGCAUAAUUCGGUUUUAAAAGAGUUUCUAAUUGUGAGACUUUUAAGUACCGUGAAAUGGCCGUUCAUAAAACGUCAUGUCUCUGCAUUUACCAGUGUGGCUUGUAAAGUUAACAAUAUGGAUCAAACCUACUGCUAAAUUGUAUGAAACCUAUCUGGUCUUCCUUUAUUACCGUAGAGAAAUGCGUGGUUUUUCGUACGCGGAAAAUACUUGGCUUGUAGUUUGGAAACCCUGAAUGCAAGUGUGACAGAAGAGCGGGUUCAAAAUUAUUCGAGAAUUAGAAAAAUUUUUGAAAACCGAAUUAUACCCUUCCUUCGAGUAUAAAAUUGGAAGAAGACACAAUUUUCUACCGAAUAGGAUAAAGAAUGAAUAUUUUUGUGCAUGUUUUCCAUGAAAUAUAAUUGAAUUUUUAAGGGCAUUGAAAAUCAUUGAGAAAAUUGCAUGCUACUUAAGCAGUCAUUGUUGUAAAGUAUAGUUUUUGCAUGCACCCGGAAGGAAGUUCGUUCGAAAGCCGGCGUCCUGAGGAAACUGAAUUAUUAUAUAAUUAUGCUGCAAGAUGGUGAACUUUGCUGGUUAACUAGUGAACGACUUGGCAGAUGCCCAGGGCUCCGUAUACAUUUUGGAGGAGACUGGAUGCUGCGCACGGGGGGAGGGCACGUGGGCUUGAGAGAUAUGCCUUCUUUAGGAUAACCGUCCAGAAAUGAUCACUUAGUUGUCACAAUAGACGCUGAAGUUAAUUAGAGGAUACGGCAAACAACAAUGUCUGUUCUCAUGAAGUGAACGCAUGCUUUUUGUUACCCAGUACUCGCUUCAGCCCAGGGUUAUGGCCGACGGAAUAAUGCCCUCAUACUUUCUAGACGGCGGUUAUUAAAUUACCUCCCCAGUAAAAUGGCAUUUGGGAAUAGCAGUAGUUAUUCGAUAGACAUUCCAUUGCCUAUGGAAGAGUGGAACGGUGGGCCCCCCUAAUCGAGUGACUCUGGCACGCCAGACGUGAGUAUGUGCAGCGCUCGAGAUAGGGAGACAGAACACCGCGUUGGCCACUGCAUCCGAUCGAAACUUCAGUCGGCUUCACUCAGUUCAUGUCGGGAGAGGAAAGAGGAAACGAUGCCGAUCGUACACCACCGUCGCUCAGUGUUAUAAAUACAUUGCUGUUUUUAUGUAUACUGCCCUUCUACAGUUAUGCUUGGCAGAUGCUCAAUUGACGGAAUAACAGAGUCCACCGGGCUGAGGCUGAAGUCUCAAUGACUCCGCCUUGAGACAACACUAUUUUAACUGUGGUGGAGGGGCGCUCACCGAUCGUUCUUAUGGAACUCGCUCGUUCCGUUGUGCCUUAUGGGCUCUCUCUCUCUCUCGAGCCCAACCAGCAGCCGCACAGCGGCGCCUGAUAUACGCAGUGUUUUAUUACCGACAAAGACAAGGGAGAAUGGAGUGGCCAUUUCUGGUUUAUUAGCUGUCGUCAGCCAGUCAUACCAAACCCCAAAUUGUGGAACAUCCGGGGUUCGAUCAGCGACCUGUUAGCUAGAAGUCCAACGCCCCUAACCACUGGGCCACGGGCUCGUUGUCCUGUCGGUUUCGAUCGGGAAUGUAAAAUGGUAGAGGGGCGCUCACCGAUCAUUCGUACGGAACUCGCUCGUUCCGUUUACGUUAACUUUGACUGACGUAAGAGCCAAUCAAAAUCGGCUUUAUUCGCGCUAGUUUAAAGGUCAACCGAGGUGUUACAUGUGUAAAUGGAGUUGAUGUUUGUCUAGUCAUUGUGCCCACGUCUUUACUCUGGCCUUCCAACUAGGCAGCGCGGUGGAAGAAUGAAGAAAGAAGGAACUGAAUACUGCUCAGGUUUUUCUCAUCAUAAUCCAAUGUAUUUACGACUUAAUGCUGUCGACACGGAACGUAGUGAUUCCCUCCCAGUACGACAGACGGGACAUUGAGAGAGCAGAGGUUUCAAAAUGUCGGCGAACUUACUAGUUAUCACCUGGAUUUGACUGUUAGUAUUGCCCGAAACUAACGAUUUAUUCACUCCUCAUUGUGCUCAGCUGCCUAGAUCCCUCCAAAUGAACUAAAGUUUAGAAUGGGCGGUACAAUGACGGGUUUAAUGGAGUGCCUAAUGGCACUACGGUCUGCACAGGCGGUCUCGUAGAGAUGAGCGGUCAGUCAGGACGAAACACUGCCAGCAAAAAGGCAGUUUGGAAUGGCCAUUUCUGGUUUAUUUUUCGGAGGCAACCGGCCCCAUCCAACCCUACGGCAGAGGUAACAGGGCUUCAAACUUAGGUCCGUCGUUGGUCACGCUAGAUGCUCUGCCGCGUUUGCUUCGGACUCACUUUUUGAGUCGUUACUGAUGAAAGAUAGUGAUGUUACCAGUCGCUUACGGCCCAAAUUCUCAACUUGUGCGUGAUAAGCUUCAGUAGCUAAUUGAAUCUCAGCCCGACAGUCAUUUCUUCCGACGCAUAAUUUGGGUAUGACUGACUGAAGGCGGAAGAUAAGUGCCAUUCUCAGCCUCCGUUUUCUUUGUCGGUAAUACACCUCUGUGAAGUGCACACCAUCAGACUUCCCUGUCCAGACACACCGAUUUACCUGCGUGUUAUCAUGCACUCCGCCCACGCAGCCAGGUGGCGCAGCUCACGUCGUCGAGACGUAAAAACGGCGUCACCACGCCGGGGACCACCGUGGAACAGGCGGCACAAACCAGACCUAGCCACGGACGUAGCCCCCCCCCCCCGCAUGGAACUGCGAUAUGAUUUGUCACACGUUGCUGCAUCCUAGCAGUCUCUGAUAAUGAAGUCCAGUUCGAGUUCGAAAGCUCAGGCCAGUAAAACUACUGUCCCUGUGAUCAUGCCUUCGUCUUCUUUUAGAUAGAAUGAUGUUACCAGUCGCUUCCGGCCCAACUUCUCGGCAUGUGGGUGAUGAGAUUCAAUAGCUAAUUGAAUAUGAGCCUGUCAGUCAGUUCUUUCGAGUCAUCAUUUGCGCAUGACUGACUGAAGACGGAAGACGUAGCGCCAGCAUCCGUUUUCUUUGUCGGUAAUACACCUCUGUGGAGUGCUCACCAUCAGACUUCUCUGCCCGGACACUCUACCGCCUGUUUAACCCACAAACGGCCUUCCAGAUAGGAGUCACAUACUUGCCCGAGGACAGUGAGUGCUGCCUGAUGCAUUUCCAGUUCCUACACUCACUUCAGAAAAUUUUUGUCAUAUUUGGCCCAGGUGGGAAGAACUCGGCGGCUUCCAGGGUAUUCGAACCCCCGACAGCAGGCGAAAGCCUUGUGUACGGCCAACGCUUCAACUACCUGAGCUACGAGGCCCCGACGGGCUGUCGUUUAGUUUAAUUGCAGUCGGGUCAAGUUACCCAUCCAGCCUACUAAAACGUAUUAAGUCCACCCACUACAGACCCUGGAAACUGCGUUUAUGGACAGAAAUUCAUCCCUUGGAAUUUAUGACCUAACCUUCUUGCAUCAUACGAAUAAGGGCAAUUCUGAUGCAUUUCCAGUUUGAAAUCUAAAAAGACACUGUAGGUGGGACAAUAGCCUUAGUUUUAUAGGAAAGCAGGCAUUUUAUUUACUGUCUUUAGCUGCCAUUUCGUCUGCAGGAAAUUCGUCCGGUAGAUGUGAAUUCAUAAAGGUUUUACUUCAGAAGAGGAAAAGUACCAAUAUCACUUCCCUGUACUUUCUCAUUUAAAGCAUAAAUGUGACAAAUCAGAGUCCGUUUUAUGUACCUAUGUGCAUGGGUGGCUACUCUGACUAUAGUUAUCACCAGCGACAGGGAUGGGGGCGGGGGGAGAGGAAGAGUGAUGUUCUCAGCGCGGGGUGCUUUUAGGCUAGCAGCCAGCGAGAUGCUGAUUGGUGGGUACAUAGUGUCCUCUCGUAGUAACGUGUGGAGACGUUGAUUUCGCAACUUCGAAGGAGGAGGAGGAGGUACGGGGGAAGAAGGCCGCGAGUGUUACGAUUCGCAAAGAGCCCCUGCUUAGUUCACCGUCCCUUGCUGCACUCUCCCACCCCCUAACCCGCCCCUCACCACAGAGAGUUCGCUGUCGUCCCACUUCGCCUCCUCGCGACCCUCCCCCUUCCAGUUUGUGCUUGUCCACUCUCCGACCGACUCAAAAACAUUCGCCUUUCCAUCAGCAAGCAGACACUGUUCCUACUGGGCUGCCUUAGUCUUGGGGGUGGGGUAGGGGACUCUAACCACACGCGUGAGAAAAUAAGGACUUGGAUGGCAUCAACCACUCGGUUGAGAUGGUGUAUGCAUUACGACGAAUCGGGUACCCCAAUUGCCGCCAAAGUCCGGGAGAAUAGCAAAGUGUUAUUCCUACUUAGGGUUUUAAACUAAUAAAAAGUUGGUAGUGGGGUAUCUAGAGGCAGGGCAUUGGAAACCAGGGCACUGACCAACCGGCCCGUAACUCCAAAGUACAGGAACUUAAGAACUUCAAUUCUACGGUACCACUUCAAAAUGCUACAAACCGCACUUUGAGCUUUGACGUGACUAGAAUGUUCUGUCAGACCAAAGGCAAGACACCCUUUAUGUAGAACAAAAUGCCAAAUGAGAAAUAUGGUGGGCAGGUAUAUGCAAUAUUGCCACUUCUUAGUAACGGGGCCAAGUUAUUUUAACCUUACGCUUUCCAACUUAUGGUUCCAUCAAAGUGCAUCGUAGACAAGUACUAUAAACCGCUGGAGUUAUGAUUGGAUAAAUUUUACUGGCCCGUCAAAUAUGCAAAAAAGUAGUUAAUUGUUCUUGUUGCGUUAUGACUACAUCUUUCCCAGUUAGCGUUACGUCACUUUAAACCAGACAGGCGCUUCGCUCAAGUAGGUAGUGGCUCCUAUAACCAAAAUAAGGUCGACCAUAUAUAAUGUGAGUAGAUAAUCAUCUUGCAUGCUGGGAGAUUUACCGAUCAAAACCUGGACAACCAAAAUGGUCACUGUGGACAAAGUAUCCUUGUCAGCCGGUCAAAUCCCAAUCCUACUCCACGACGACUAGAGCCCUGAACUUUGGUUCACUUGUUAACGGCGUCAAUGAUUGUCAUUCUCAAACGACGAUAGUCCUUUGACAGGAAAGUGAGGGUCAGAAUUAUAAAGCUUCCUCGGGGAGAUGUGGUUUGGUAGCCCCACCUGAUGGAUACAAUAUAGAUGGGGUUGGGGUUAAGGGAUUGGGAUAGGAGUUGGGAUUAGGGGCUAGGGUUUAGGAUUAGGAGUUAGAGUUAGGGGUUAGUGCAACUAUUUAUCACCCAUUCAAAGUACAACAGCGCAUCCCCAAUAGCUUUUCUUUUGCAUACAACUACUUGACCUCGUCGCCUGUGUGUUCCCCGGCCCCACCUUGAAAAAAGCCCUAUUAAUACUGGUCCCGUAUUAGAAGUGACUGGGGCUUGUUUUCUUCCGGUGGGGCUACCAAACCACGUCCGACCGCUUUUUCUUUAGGGACUCCCAACGAGGUGCGGGGUUUCGUCAUGGCCAGCCUUGCUGCGCGUUUAAUUUACGAGAAAAUAAAUGCGCGAACUUAGAGUAACACCCUCAGCACAUAAUUUUUUGGCCCGAUUCGAAGGCUUAUAUAUGCAUAUUCAGGGUGAAGUCCAUUAGCUACUUCGGAAUAACCGCAUAACAUUCACAAGUUGCCGACAGGCAAUUAGAAGUUUACAAAUACUAAAUUGUUAACCAUACUGACAGAACAGGUACUGGGCAAAAGCUUUUAGCCAAUACCUACGCGGUCAGUAUCGUAAAUCAUUCAGUAUUUGUAUGGCCAGUACUUUUGCCUAGAUUGGCAGUUUCGCGGCUUUAUCUCCAAGUAGGCAAGUAAAACGACAAGAUUAAGAAUUGGGCCUUGUUCUGAAUUAGACGUCAACCAAAAUAAAUUAUCUGCUUCGAGGUCCGUUAAAUUUCAAGACCGUCGCUAAUUAAAAGCACGUCUCGAUAUUUUUUAUUAAUUAUUGGCAAUGAACACGCUAAACGUACGCAUGUUAUGCUUGUAGGUAACUGCAGUGAAGAUGAACAUGACGAUGCUUUCAAACGCCGACUAUAGAGCUCCAUUAGAUGUUUGGUUGAGGUACAAUGUGGUCGGUAUCGCUUACUUCCAACGUUGACAGAACAUUAAAAUUGGUCCAGAAAUGCGUCGGAUUUAGUUGUCGUCCAUCCCGGGAGAGUAAACUGACUUAACGACAGUUCUUAGCGCCAAUUUUCACGUUCCCUGAAGAGUCAUUUUUGAAUUCAACCGGUGAAUUCUGGGAAACACUUACAAGUAUAUGGAAAGGUGACUUUGCGUAAUGAUGUUAAAAGGAUUGCACUCCAACAACUGAUAGACCUCAAGGUCAGUGUGCGGAUACCAGUUAUUAAAAUUACACACUGUGCCAAGCGUCCGACUUCUUAGUGCUGCAAAGGUAUUCGGCCAACUGUAAACUUUUCAUAGAAUCUAUGCUUUGAUCUUCGUUAACCGUGAUGUGAAUGAUGCGUUUUCUAAUGACCCGUAGCGUUCUCCGUCUCCUUACCAAGGCAAAAUUUGAUUGGAUGCUGCCGCUCUAGUCGUGACACAAACAAACCGAAAUUUCCGCAGUAACAGAACAUCUCCGGUACAGGGUCAAAUACGAAGAAACAAAUAAACUAGUUUAAAUAAAAAAGCGAUAUAUGAUCGCCAUGUGGUCACAGAGGCGCCGCCAUUAGAGCAUAACUGCGCCUGAGACCAUCUAGACGUAAUAAAAAUUUCCAUGAUUAUAUUAAUGCGAACCCAAACCUGGCUAUGGACAAGAUACAAAACCAGCAGAUUUUUCUCGGCUGCAAGUUAAAAUCCAAAGCAACGCUGCACAUACUUUUCAAGUGUCGGGAGCGGAUACGCAUAAUUUUGAUGAAACAUGUGGCCGACUUACUUUUAUACCCUACGAUAACAAGAAUGGCAAGUAAACUUGACCAAAAUUGCGAAAUUUUCCGAACCUGUCGGCAUUUGAAAGGUCUAUCGGUUCUAUACGUUAAGUUGAUUCACUCGGGAAACUUACAUUUUAUAAUUCACGCAUCUCGAAGGAGGAAUGAAACCGCACGAACCAGUUGGUAGUUGAAAAGCUACUUCAUAGAACACGUUGAAUAAAACUUAGUUAAGACAGUUCGCAGGAGGAAAAGUUCGCAUGAAUUGGUUUAUGGUGAGAGUAGACUUGCACAGCAUCUAUCGCAACAUCUCCUCCUUUCCCAUCAGGAUCCGAUGUCAAGACAGAGUCAAGAAGCACAGAGGCAGGAGAGGACGCAGGUGGCUGGCACAGCCGGACCCGCAUCUAGGCGUACCAUCACACCCCCUGGUCCACUACAUUCAACCAGGAUUUUAACCAACAACAGCACCACAACGGGUCAGAAAGACGACGAGGAUGACUGGGCAGCCAUGCUCGCGACAUGUAUAUUCAGUGGGGGUGCAAGCGCAUCUACCGGCUGGGUAACAGGUGUCAGAAUACUGCCAACGCACACCGGGCUGCGAGGGCCAUGGUUUGCUGAAUCAUGGCAUCGCAGAUACUUACAUUCCUUGAGGCCCACUCUGGUAAAUACAGUAUAUGCAUAGUGUGUGUGACACAUGCAGUGAAGACCAGGUGGCAUGUUGGACAGUUCAGCCGCCGUUGCCGACGACGUCUUCCAUGCGCUCCACAACAUGACGAAACAGACACGGUGACUUACGCGUGAAUUCGUUAAUGUUGGUAGUAGACUUGCACAUCAUCUACCACCUGGAGCAGGUGUCAAGACAUAGCCAAGAAGACCGGAGGCGGGGGAAAGCGCAGGUGGAUGGCACGGUCGAGCCCGUACCAUGGCGCUCCACUUCACACCCCCUGGUCCACACAGCAAAUAGUCAGGUUUUUGACCAACAACAAAAGGGUGGCUGAGUUGGGACGUCGGUCAGCAGCCUUCCAAGCCACCGCGCUUGAUGCGCCGUGAUAGUCUCAGACUCAAAUCACACAUUCAGUAGGGGCCGCAUGGAAACGGAGCCGAGGUGCACACUUGCCACUUGCCUGGGAGGGAGAAAUUGAAAGCUUUGAGGGAUGAUGAUGCUGUAUGAUGUAGGUGGAGGAAGAGGCGAUAGUGUGGUUUAGCCGGCGGUUGUAUACUGCAGGUCGCAUGUAGCACGCCAAGCCGAGCUCUUUGGCUUUAUCAGUCAGUACGCCCGCGGCCGCUUAAAUCGUCACCCCCUAUUGACGUUAUCUUGUCAUCGAGGCAAUGUGGAUGAAGGAGGGGAGGGCGCGAAAGGUGUUGCACAAGUCCGCCUCACUACAAACCAGUCCCCGCGCAAAUCACCGGUGAUGCUUCCACCCCGUUCGAAACAUGAUGAACGUCGUCGUUUGAGGCUGUCGAACUGCCAAAUUAAGUUUCAACCCUCCCCUUCCGUAUUCUUCUGGGAACAACUGAAAAAACUGUUAUCGAAAAAAGGAGAAAGGAAUGACACUCCUUUCUUCGACAGUUGGUCUCACCCCGAACGGGGAAAACCUAGGCACGGGGCUGGCGUCGGGCUGUUUAUUGGCGGUUAACCUUCCACCACACAGGCCAAGGGCCAACACUUCGGCUAUAAUGCUCAACGACCUUAUUCCGCCGGAUCGGUGAGCUUCACCACCAAAAUGACCGUAGCUGUAGAACAGAAUAAUAAUCUAAAAGUCUUACGCGCUGACAGAUCAGAAAUCUGGAAUAUAUUACUCGCUAAUAUUCAGGGCAAUUCGUUCUAAUGGACUGUUAAGGCAAAUCCGAGCGCCUCAAAGUGACAAUCUAAGAGAUAACGGCUUCCUGCUCCGUCCUUGACUUGGGUUUUUUACGGGUGAAUUCGAUAAUGACCCUCGUUACCUCCCCACACCGCUCAAUAAGGCCCAUCUUUGAGCAAAACAAAAUGUAUGCACCCCAGAUCUGCCUUCUGUUAGUGGAGCUAUUCACGUUUCUAACCAGCACUAGCUGAAGGAGGCCUUUUGCUGACCCCCUGACAGGUCUGCGUGCUCACAUUCCAACCCUGCCCUACGAGAAGAAGCUCUCCAAAGUGGACACGCUGCGUCUGGCGAUAGGCUACAUUAACUUCCUGCAGGACCUAGUCUCCAACGAGAAUUUUGCCUUCAACGGUAAAGAGGACAUGACGCCGCCAGACUCCACCUCCACUUCCUCCUCCUGCCUCCAGGACUUCGACUAUGAGGCCGUACGAAAGACCACUUCCACCGGCGAGGCCACUGCUAGCACGGCCACCGGUCAGUCUGUCGGGGCAGGCGAACUCAAUUCCACGCGCGACGGUUUCACGCGGGCGCGCAGUCUUAUGGCCUCGGUGAGGUCGGCCAAUCAUCUGGGUGCGGUGGGCCAGCCGGUGAAGAAAGUGGUCCUCACUCUCUCUGUUCGAAGUGAGUUAUCCCCCCCCCCCCCAGCAGAACUCGGCCUAAAGGCCCCUGCAGUAGGUGUUGCAACUCACGAAUUACAUUAAGGGCACUAACUCAUGAAAUGCUAACCGAUAUUCUUAAAUGCGUUUUCGUUUCAUAAAGAUUAGUUAACUAGGGUUGUAAAAUCAAUCAUCAUGCAGCAUAAUUCUAUAAUAUUUUUUUACCUCGGGAUGCCGGCUUUCGAACGAACUUCCUUCUGGCCGCACGCAAGGAAUAAACUCUGUAAAAAAUGACUACUUGAGUAGCAUGAAUUUGUCUCAUUGAUUUUCGUUGCCCCUAGAAAUGUAAUUAUAUUUAAUAGGAACCAUGCAUAGAAAUACUCAUUCGUUUACUAACCUGACAGACAGUUACGUCUUUUUCCAAUGUUAUGUCAGAAGGAAGGGUAUAAUUCGGUUGUUAAAAGCGUUUCCGAUUCCCGAGUGAUAUUGAGCACGAUCUGCCGUUACAUAUGCAUUCACGGUUUCAAAACUACAAGCCGUACAUCUUCCGCGUGCGGAAAACCGUAUGUUUCUCUAUAGUAUUAAGAGGAGACCAUAUAGCGUUCAUAAAAUUUAGCGGUAGAUUUGAGUAAUAUUGUAAACUGUACAGGCCAUAUUAGUAAAUGCAGAGGCACGAUGUUUAAUGAACGAACAUUUCACAGAAUCGAAAACCUCACAAUUAGGAACUUUUUAAAAUCGAAUUAAACUCUUCCUUCUAGCGCAAAAUUGAACGAAGACGUAAUUUUCUGCAGAAUGAGCAAAGAGAUGAAUAUUUUUAUGCAUAUUUUCGAUGAAAUAUAAUUGAAUUUUUAAGGGCAUCGAAAUUCAGUGAGAGAAAUGCAUGUUACUUAUUUAGUCCUCUUUACAUAGUAUAAUAUCUGCAUUCAGCCGAAAGGAAGUUCAUUCGAAAGCCAGUAUCUCGCGAUAACUGAAUUAUUAUGGAAUGAUGCUACACGUUGAGUAAUUUUACAACUCUGCUUGAGUAACCUUUUUGAAACUAAAAUUCAUUUUAGGAUUCCGGUGAACAUUUCAUGAGUUAACACACCUACUGCAUCUGGAAAAUGGCAAACAAUCGCAAGCAACCCGCUAACCGUUACCACUAGAUCAGACAAAAAGUUAACAAGUGAAUGGCUUUAGGUGAUAUGAAGGGAUGACGAUGGAUUGUGAGCAGCAUUCAGCUUCUUAACUAUAAUGCAUUGUUGGCAAAAUCCCUAAAUGAGUAAGGAGUUUUCCAGUUAUUUACUUUAAGGUGGGACAGACUGCAUAAAAUGACACGGCGAGCAAGUUAGUGAGUAAAGCGCAGUACAAACGACAUAAUUCAAAAAACUCCCCUUUCCCAAUCCAGGGUUCGAAUUUUCUACCCUGCUGAAGUGUGUAGAUUGUGUUCCAUUCGACAAAGAGUUCUGGCUCGUCAACCCAGCUUUUUGAUCAGCCAUGGAUUAUAGUCAGUGGCAAAACAAAAAAUUGAUUACAUACAGCAUGACCGCAAGUCACUUGUUAGCCAUUGAGUAAGUUUUUACCAAGUGUAACUAACAGCCGCUGUUUUACCACACACGGUUUACCGGACUUUAUUCGCCUUGGUUGACUUGGACAGCGAGGGUUUGUUUGAUGACUUGGCCAGAGAGAUCGCUGGAAUGCAAAUUAUCUAAGGUCGCAAGUCGAAAGGUUGGGUGGCAACUAAAAUGGGAUAUAAAUAGCAAGCGUAGCCCCGAAAAAUCGCUGAGCACAGCUGUUCAUGACAGUUUCACCCAAUUGUCGGGAGAUAAGGCAGCCUAAUAUUAUGAUAAUCGAGAAUAACAUAUAACAGCAAACCCCCAAAGCACUUGAAUGGCUUGUUUGUUUUCAAGGAAGUAUUUUCCGUUGCUCGAGUAAAAACGCCAGCUCAUUGGAAAUUAAAAUGGAUCUUCGCAAUAAUUAUCCGCAAUGUGUAUGUUUAAGUCAUAUGAAAGAAAUAUCCUUUAGUUAGUUUCAUACUUAGAAUGACUUCACAAAUUAAAAACCACGUCCAAAACCCUUCUUCUCAUGAAGGGUCAACUGAUACAGAAAAAAGUCUACUGUCCUGUUUACUUGAGCACAGCUUUCGCCGUGGUUUGUUAUAUUUGGUGGUCAUAUGCAAUGUCCUUGGAUAUGCCCCCCAACCUGUUAUUUUAAAUAUGGUACAGUAUGCUCAUGUAAGUAGUAGGGCUGCUGGGUUUCAACCUAACUAGUUACAUCAAUUUUCGGAAAGAACAUGAGAAGCUUUCUGCCGGGGAAAUUACUUCAAGGCUGCACAUCUAUUCCUGAGGGCGUUAAACGGAUUAACGGUAAAGCAUUUCCUAGGCGAUUAGCAUAGUAGUCGCUCGAUUUCCUGGUUGCACAUAAGCCGAAUAUUUAAGUUUCAGUCAGCCUAUUUCGACGGCUUCUUCACCCACUGGGCUUACAGCAGCGAUCGAUGGCCGGAGAUGUUGCAAUUGGUCACUUUGAGGGAUGGCCUCCGUCAAGGCCUACUUCGGUGUUAGCAGUCAGCCACAAAUAACCGGCGAUUUGCGAGUGCAGACAUCUGACUGGUUAAAAAUGGAAGAAUACUUUGGCAGUAGAAGUUGAGAGGAGUUCCUUCAGUCAAAUAUCUUCUGCGAGAAACGACGAACACGUAUAGAGGAGAAGCUCUGGUAGAUGAAUGGCGGCUUCUGUGCCAUUUCUAAAGUGCUGGUGCUUGAAUCUGGGUAUUUGAAGUAGACUAGAUAGAUUCAAAAAAGAAUAGCUUCGACUGUCCUGAUUACUACACUUACCACCACGUAGUUUCUAGCAAGCUAAUGAAUGACAUACGCUUUGUCUUAAAAUCCCAAUCAGAUGGAAAGAAACAUCGUGACUUUGCAUGUGCCCCGAAACUGUAACCAUUGCUGAUCUCCUGGAUGACUGUGUCCUGACACCUCUUUCAUCUUCCCUUUUUAUGCCUUUGGUGCCAAGAUCUCUAUUGAAUAUCUGUGAUCAUACUGGUUACAUCAAAAAAUCCUUGCCUGUUAAUGGCAAUGGCUGCAUAUAGAUAGCAGGUAUGGAGCAUUCGGUCGGAGCAAACGUGUCUACUUCCGAACCGAAAGGACCGAAUUAAACAAAUAAACUUUUAAAAUUACUUUGCUUCUUGACAAGCGAUGGUAAAACAUGUCGAAGCCCUCGAGCUGGUAUGGCAGUGGGUGUGCUCUAACCAACGCAAACAACAGGUCAAAUCCCAGUCAGCAGGAAAAAAACGAAAUGAGGGAUUUGCUCUGUACGAAACCCUCAGUUGCUAUUUCAGACAGAAGUGGAUACUGGCGAGGCCAGUGUGUGUGUGCCCCCCAAACGGGCCACGUGGUAGAUGCGCUCUGACAGGCGUUAUCGGCUUUGCGCACCGUAACAAAUGCCAACAUUUCGGGGUGCGAUGACAAACCCAGUUGCUGGCGUACGUGGCGCAAACUGGGACUCUCCCACCCCCCUCCCCCCAUCGUUGUGGCUGAUAAAAAACCUGGUUAUUUGUUGUGUGGAUCAGGGGGUGUGGCGUGGAGAGUCAAGGCGCGGGCUCGACCGUGCCAUCCACCUUCACCCUCCCCCGCCUUCGGUCUUCUUGACUCUGUCUUGACACCGGGUCCAGGUGGGGGAGAAGGGGGUGCGGUAGAUGCUGUGCAAGUAUACAUUUACUAUAAACUAGUUCACGCGCAAAUCACCGUGCCUGCUUAACCUUGCCGUGAAGCACACGAUGGGCAUCGUCGAAUGCGACGGUCGAACUGUUGUGUGUGUGCGUGUGUGUGUUUGUGACGGUACUGUCAGGUUGUAUCUGCUGCUUCUCUAAGUUUGUCGAGUGAGCUCAAGUCGCCCGUAUAAAAGUCCACGUGCAUUUCGACCCAUGAGAUAUGGUAGAUUCUGACCGUGUGGACAUCUGUGCCUCCUGUUGCAAACAGUUAAGACAAUUGAUCGGACGGCAAGCCUAGCGCACCUGAGAGGUGAGAAACACCGAGGCGGUAGGAAGCCGAACAACGGUGCUCCGUCCCGUUCUGACGUGGGUUGGCUACAGCCCCGCGGUUAUGUCCCGACGAAAAAAGCAAACUUUGUGCAUAACCGCUUAAACUGGAGACCCCUCUCAACAGAAAGGGGGGGAUCGGGUAACAAAGUUGGGAUGACAAACUUGAACAGUCUACUGGGCUCCCAACGUGGCAUUUAGUCUCUAAACAAGGUUUGAAUGUCCCUCGGACACUCGAUCGUCAUGGCAAAAUUACGGCCCCGAAAAAAGCCCUCAUUAUUUGCCAGCGUGGUUGAUUAUGAUUGACACGCACAGGCCGAUAGACACGACAACGGUCGCAGCUGUAGAACUAAUCAAGCGCGAGCGAUCUACCCGAUUGGGGGAGGAUUUGUGUUUAAAUUGGGUAAUUAUCAGUUAAACACUAUGGCUACCCGCAUGAAGGGCGUCACCCCCACCCGAACGCCCGCUACUCUGAGGCUUGACCCCACCCCAGCAACAAAAGAGGGCAAAUCUGAAGGCUAUGGAUUCAAAAAAGAGAGACCUUUAGAGAAAAAGGUCAGACGUGGUUUUGUAGCCCCACCUGAAUUAAGCAAACCCCAGCCACCUGUAAUACGAGACCGGUGGUAAUAGGGACUUUUACAGGUGGGGCCAGGGAACGCGCAUGCGACGAGGUCGAAUAAUUGUGUUCAAAAGAAAAGCUAUUGGGAAUGCGCGGUUGUACUUUGAGUGGCCGAGAAAUAGAUGCCCUAACUCCUAACCCUAACCCCAACAGUAUUGUGUCCAUCAGGUGGGGCUACAUAACCACAUCCUACCUUUGUCGCUCCUUUUCGAAUACGCCUCAAGGGAACGCGACAACUGUGCCAUGGACAGAGGUUGCAGUGGACCUGCCGAAAACCUUGUUUCGACUUCCGAUUGACGCAAAUUUGUCAGGCUAAUGUCCUGUAAGGCAGUUUGCGUGCCUAGGGUAACACUCGAUCCUUAUAAAGCCGGCGGAGCAUCAUUCUUGUCUGGUUCACUAAGUCUAAUCCAGUCCCUCUAGUGAAGACAUAUGUUCGGCUCGUAGGUAGGCACCGCCUGUGUCCCCACAGGACACGGGAAUAGGAAUUCUUUAAUACAGGGAAUUAGGAUUGGAAUUAAGGGUAUGCUUGGGGUUCAUAUUAUGGCUGCGCUUAAGGUUUGGUUUAUGGUUGGUGUUGGGGUCAGCACACGAGAAUAAGUAAAAUUCCUAGAAUUUAAUGCAAGGCCAUAUGUACUGCGGGGGUCAUUCCUAUUCCCGCUCUGCCGGGGCCUACGCAAGUGACCCUUAGAAGUGUGCACACUCAUCUGUCCGUAUCAGUGAUACGAUGAAUAACAAAAAAUGAAAAAGUUUCAAAUCAUGCUAGCUUGUCGAGUUCGUGCAGCCGACGGCACAUUGUGUUCCCAGUUCGGGGUAAGGGAGAUGCCUAUAGUAAUCGAAAACAUAGAUCGGUUUACUAAACGAGGUUUUGAAAGCGAACUAGGAGCGAAGUCGGCGAAAAACAGUACACAAAAGUGUGUAAACUACAAAGACGGGUGGAUCGACCACGAUUUUUUUGGAGCCAGACUUCAUAUUACUCGUUUACCUGCCUGCUGUUUUCUUUCAUGUUGAAUUCCACGUUUGUAUAACUUUAUUAUCAGUUUUUUCACCUGCCUAUCCAACAUUUCUUGGUCCCUUCCAAGCUACGGUGAACGACUGAUCUCAUGAAAUGUUGGCCGGAAUUCUGAAAUGCGUUUUCGAUUGAGAAGGAUUUCUUACGUGGGGUUGCAAUACUGACUAGCUUGAGGCAUAAUCCUAUAGUAUUUCGGACUCGCCAGGAUGGUGACUUUUGAAUGCACUCCUUUUCGACCGCCUCUGAAAAAACAUACUGGGUAAAGAAUGGCUACUUAAAUAAAAUUCACUUUUCACAUUGAUUCUCGACAUUCUUGUAAAGUAGAAUAUAUUUUAUAGAAAACGUACGCAAAAAUGUGCUUUCUAUUACUCGCUUGGUAGAAAAUCACAUUAUCUUUACAUUUUAUACCCUAAGAAAGGCUAUCUUUCGGUUUUAAGAAGACUGUUUAUUAUGAGGUUUUUAAAACCGUGCGAUGUCCAUACACACAACAUCGCACAUGCCCGUUCACCAAUGCUCCUUAUGAAAUGUACAACAUAGUCCGCACCCAUUGCAAAAUUUUAUAAACUCCAUACAGUAUCUUCUUAAAGGCAUAGAGAAAUAUAUGAUUUUCUUUACGCGGAAAGUAUGCACUUUGUAGACUGCAAUCGCUAAAGAUUAAUGCACCGCCUGGUCUGGCUCAAAAUUAUCCGAGAAUCGGGAAACUUUUUCAAAACCUAAAUAUACACUUUCCCCGGGUAUAAAAUGUGAAGACAAUGUAAGUUUCUACCAAACGAGUAACAGGAAGCAUAUUUUUGUGCAUGUUUUCUAUAAAUCAUAUUUUUAUUUAUAAGACCAUCGAAAAUCAAUGUGAAAAAUGUAUGUUACCUAAGCAGUCAUUUUUACCCGGUAUGGCUUCUACAGGAGGUCGAAAAGAAGUGCAUUCAGAAGCCUCCAUUCUGGCGAGUUCGAAAUACUAUAGAAUAAUGCCGCAUGAUAAUCAGUAUUACAACCCCCACUUAAGAGAUCCUUCCUAAUCGAAAACGCAUUGCAGAAUUCCGGCCAACAUUUCAUGAGAUCGGCCAUUGACUGUAUCCAACCAUUUGGUCAUACUCUAUCAAAUACUCCAACUGCGGACAAAUAGAUUUCCGUUAAUUAAUCCUCACUGUGUUUAGCUUCCGUACGACUAUUAGUAAAAAUCCUAAGUCUGUAAUUCGUUAUUUCAUCGGUAGUUGGAACGGACUUUCCACCGAGACCUACAAGCGCGUUUGGUUUCUUCGUCCGGAGCACUGUAUACCAAACAUCAUGCAGCCUAACACUAGCGUGCCAGGAGGGGAUUCAGGGUGUACCAUGCAAAGUAUCCGAAGUUGCGUUAGUUUUUUUAAAUCACGUUUACAAAAGCGGAGUAAGAGUGCAAGCGUACGUGCUGGCAUUGGUAUCCCUCACAAAAGCGGGAAACGUGUUAUUGACUCCUUCUCCAUGUGACCUCUGCGGUACUAUAACGCAUAUGCGAUCCGAGUAGCCCACCCCUUUGUGCGGGAGGCCAGGUCCUAUGUGACAUGCGCAGAUGGACUAUCUGCCAGUCAAUGCGCUCAAUCCCAGAGUCAGAUGACUGACCGACUCGGAGCGUGGACUGGUAUCUGGGCGAGAGAAUAGAGAAUGAGGCUGACUCUAGGACCCCUCGUCGCUUCAACCAAUUACAAUAAAUCUGACGUACUCGAAUCUCUCAUGACCUGCCACAUGUCGUGAGUUGAAAGGUUGUAAACUUGCGACGAAACUCAGCCCUCACAGUCAGCGCUGCGUGUGUUUGCGUGGAGUGGCCGACUGGUGGACUGACAGUCGGGCUGCCACAGCUCCUUCUUAACAUGACCCCUGGCACUCUGACGACGUAAGAUCUGAGGAGCCUAUCGCCUGGUGCCUUAUGUGGGUCGUGUGCAGCGUACGCAGACGGGCUAUCAGCUGCGCCCGAUCCCUGCAUCAGAUGACUGACCAGCUCCAAUGGUAGACUGUUGCCUGAAAGAAGGAAGAGAGGGUGGAGUCGAUUCUGGGGACAGCGUUCCCAUGGAACUCGGUUCAUAUUCCUCACUUCGAACAAUCGGACGCGGUUUUAAACUACCACGGUGCGCUAAAAGCCGGGGCUUGGAAGGCUGCCAACUGACCGGGAUAACUCGGCCCGCCUAUCAGGACGGAGAGUCAGGCUCCGAUGACCCCUUCUCAUGGCACUUGGUUGGGAUCCUGGCGGUCCCUUUAUUGUUUCUGUGACAACCGUGUCCAUCGUGUGGGGACCAGGCGUGCGUGGACGUACUGUUUAGCUUUGUCAGUCACUGCUUCCGAUCCUGCUUCCGGUUUUCCUAACUCAGGCUUGUCACCGGGCCCGAGGAGGGGGGAGGGAGGACGGGGUGCGGCAGAUGCAGCGCAAAUGUACCAUCACUAUAAAUAGUAGGAUAGAAGUAGCCAUUCCAAGCCCCCUUGUCUUCGUCGGCCGUCCAUCCUGCACAUAUAGAACUAACGUAAACGAGCACGCGGCUCCCAAACCAUACGUGAGAAGGAAAUGUAACUUCAAAGUUCACGACUUUGACCUACUUUGUGAAUGCACAUAUACCCAUGACAGUUCGACCGUCGUUGCCGACGAUGUCCAUCGUAUGCUCCACAGCAAGGCGAAGCACACGCGGCGACUUGCGCGUGAUCUACUUUAUAGUAAAUGCGGACUUCCGCAGCAUCCGCCGCACUCUUUCCCCUUAAUGACCCUCAUCCACCUGGACCCGGUGUCAAGAAGACCGGAGGCGGGAGAGGGUGGAGGUGGAUGGCACGGUCGAGCCCGUACCUUGGCGUUCAACUCCACUCCUCCUGGUUCACGACAAACGCUUGACCAGGUUUUGGCCAACAGCAGCAACACCCCAACAGGGGUCAGAAGGAUGAGGAUGACAGGGCAGCCAUGCCUACCACAUGUACACCCAGCGAGAGCGCAAGCGCAUCUACCGGCAGAGAACCGGUUGUCAGGGAACUGCCAGCGCAUACUAGGCCGCGAUGGCUAGGAUUUCCUGAUACGGGCAUAGCGCACGCUUUCAGACCUUUUGACACACACCCACCAUAGUCCCAACGUCGUAAGCAACGCGGCUCACUAGCCCACUAUCAAGGUGGGCGCAGCCGUUGACGGCGCUUUGAUCUGCUUACAAUUAACGAGACACUCAUUUUUCUGCGUUUUGACGUAAGACAAAGUAAAGACUGCCCGAGACAAGGCUAGGCGGCCAGUCUAUGAGUUCCACACAGGACCUAGCUCCUAACCCUACAGGCACUGAACUUCUUCAAAAGGGAUGUCUGUGAAUUCACACGGUGGGAGUAUCAUAAAGGCCACACUAAGAAGGAAUUGUUUUAGUUUGGCUCUUGUCCCAAAGGAGGGCCGGGUUAACACGCCGGUCAGUGGUUCUCGAAAUCACGUCGUUUAGAGUCCAGUGAACUUAGUCUCGUGGUGGCUGGGGAACUCUUCAACUAUCCUCACUAUAUGGCAGCAUAAUCUCGGCAGCAUCUGAGAUUGUGAAUAGCAUGGAUUCUAAGCACGCCUGGUGCGUAAACUACUUUAACCAAACGUACGGCUGCUUAGACAUGUCAGAUCUCUGCCAAAUUUCACGGUCAGAAUUAGCCUAGAUAGUCUACGGGGUGGAACACUGCGCCCACCGUAGAACCUUUUUGGAAGGGGACAUUUGGACUGAUGAGAGAAUCACCUCGUGUGGAGACAGUGGAUAUCCUCUCAUGGCUUAGCUCAUCCGUUAAGGACGGUUACCGGGGUCUGACAGUCGUGCAUGGCUUUGCCUCAUGGAGGUGUAGACGAGGGCUGUGCGGCAGGGUCGAAAAAUAUAAAGAAUCCGAACAUAUUCAUCGGCAAAACAGGUGGGAACUGCUAAUACAUUCCCAUGGAAUGGCCAACCCAACGUAUCCAUGAGCACUUAGUUACUGAAGCAUAGCAACGCCAGUCCCUGUUCAUGACGCUGGACACUACGAAUGAACUCACUCUACGUAGUUCUCAUUUACACUGAUAGAUUCUUACUAGCCCAUUAAACAAUCCCCUUGAUUAUACUCGGAUAGGCGUCCUCGUUUGCCUUCUCUUUCAAGUACACUGGGGUUCUGAGACAUGCCUUCCCCUCUGCUUUUCCCUGCCCUCUCUCCUCUAGUGGCUGCAAAGAUGGCCUCCGUGAAGUCACAGCCCGGCGAUAAACUGGUGUUCCCAAAACAGACACACAGCGAAAUACAGAAACCCGGCAGGACGUGGAGGCUGCGACGCAGCCUACCACACCCCAGCGCGGAGAAUGAGGAUCUCGUGAUCAUCGGACACAGCAUUAGCUGGCAACGUUUGGCCAACGCCUUCGAGGCGGCGGCUUCCAAGCGGUCACUCGUAACCAGGCUGUGGAAACCGGCGGAUGAGGGCAGCACAGCCGCCAGCAGCGACCAGUCGACAGCGCUGCGGAGACCGACGCCUCAGCACAACAGCGAGAUCAAAGUGGCUCCUUGA